GAAAUUUAGUCGUUUUGUGACUGUGGAGAAAUAAACAAUUGACGAAAUAUUUACGUAUUUUGCAUACCUUAAAUAACAAUAAAUAUCUAUAUAAAUAUUUAUUAAUACAAACUCAUUCCAAUUUGUACAAUGGAUUAUACACCAACUCCCACUGUAGUUCCCGCUGCCCCAUUCGAUGCCUCCGCAGAUGCACAGGCGUUACGAGCCGCCAUGAAAGGUUUCGGAACGGAUGAGGAGGAAAUCAUCAAUUUACUCACUGCUCGUUCGAAUGCACAGAGACAACAAAUUAAGGCACGGUUUGAAACAGAAUUCGGGCGUGACUUAAUCGAUGACUUGAAGAGUGAAUUGGGUGGUAAAUUUGAAGACGUCAUUGUUGCUUUAAUGACGCCGCCCGUUGAGUAUUUAUGUAAGCAGCUGCAUGAGGCAAUGGCCGGCAUGGGUACAGAUGAGACAGCACUUGUCGAAAUACUUUGCACAAAAACCAACGAGGAAAUGCGGGAAAUUGUGGCAGCUUAUGAAGCAAAAUACGAUCGCCCCUUGGCGGAGCAAAUGUGUGGUGAAACGUCGGGCUUCUUUCGACGUCUGUUGACAUUGAUUGUGACAGGCGUUCGUGAUCCGGUGGGUACUGUGGAUCCAAAUAAAGCGCGCGAGGAUGCAGAAGCGCUUUAUGCGGCGGGUGAAGCAAAGCUCGGCACCGACGAGGAGGUCUUCAAUCGCAUUAUGACACAUAGCAGUUUCGCGCAAUUACGGCUCAUCUUCGACGAAUACAAAGAACUCUCGGGUCAGACUAUUGAACAAGCGAUCAAGCAUGAAAUGGAUGGAGGGCUGCACGAUGCAAUGAUUGCAAUUGUUGAAUGCGUACAAUCACCGGCCGCCUUUUUCGCCAAUCGCCUUUUCCAAGCCAUGGAUGGUGCCGGUACAAAUGAUGCUACUCUCAUUCGCAUAAUUGUCAGUCGUUCUGAAAUUGAUUUGGGUACCAUUAAAGAUGAGUUUGAGCGCAUUUACAAUCGUACCUUGUACAGUGCCGUUGUGUCGGAGACUUCUGGCGACUACAAAAAUGCCUUGACUGCGCUGCUGGGUGGAGCUUAAGUGGCGUUGAUAUUUCCUUAACUGCUCCGAUACAAACCGUUUGAUGUGUUUUUAGUCAAUAGAUUUUUAUGCAAUAUUAACAACGCACGUGCAUGGUAACUUAUACAAGUAUUGUGGACGCUUAAUAUAUUUAUUAAUGUAGACAAACUUGACACUUAAAACCAUAAACUAGUAAAGUUGUAAUUUUUGUUGCAAAUAAAGGCAUUUUAACUUUUAUAAC